AAGGUCACUUUGUAAACAUGAAGUGAUGGAACUGGAAGAUCACCGAGCGGAAGGGUCGAGCUGAACCACUGUAAACUGAAACGAAAGUUGAUUUAUCAAAGUUAUCGUGAAAAUCAAAUAAUGGCCUACUCAUCGGGCUCUUUGGCCGGUCCAACGGAUCAGGUUUCGCUUAAGCGAGAAGUUCGGGUUGUUGCUGCAAAGUCCGUUGACAACUACACGGCCUACGUCAUUGAGUUGGCAGUGGAUGACUGCACAUGGACCAUACAGCGACGCUACAGUGAGUUCCACGACCUUCACGACAAGCUAGUGGCCCUGAAGAGGGUGGACCGGGCCCUCCUGCCCCCCAAGAAGUUCCUGUGGAACCAGUCCAAGAGUUUCGUGGAGAAACGAAGGCAUGAUCUGCAGAGUUACCUGCAGAAGCUGUUGGAUCAGAGUUCCUAUCUGGCCACGCCGUUGCUGCACUUUUUGGAGUUUGACAUCUAUGACAUUUAUGGAGUCUCACAGGCCCUUGCCACCGAGCUGUUUGAUAAAGGUGAAGCCAUCCUAUCCUCAGACGACGUGUGUGAGAUGACGCCCAUGCAGCUCUACGCUAUCACAGAGAGGCUGAAACUGGCCAUUCCCACCUGCUCGGCCGAUGACUCACGCAGUGAUAUCGGCCAUAUUAUGGACUUCAUCUCCAGACUCAAGCUGAUGCGGAUUGUUGGCUCUCGGAAUCGGCUUGGAAGCAGCUCCCGGGUUGUGGAUAGGUUGCCCUUUGACCUUUCAUCCUUCAAGGCCUUGGAGCACUUACAGAUGGACGUUUGUAAUAUCGGUAUAAUUGGAGGCCUUGUUGAAUUGAAGAAAACAGUGCGGUAUCUGGCUGUACAUCACACUGUUCAGACAAUUAAGGAAAUUCUGUUGCCAGAGGGUGAACACUGGUUGAGUGCAGAGGCUGGAGCCGUGGCAGGCCCCAGCAGUAGCCGCCCAGUGCAUAUCCCCACCUGGAAAUGCGUCAGCAGAGCUGAUUUUCGAUACAACGGUCUGACUAAUGUGGAUGAAAGCAUUAAACUCUUGCCCAAUCUGACCCGGCUUGACCUGAGCCACAAUGACCUGACAGAGGUCAACAACCUCCAGUACCUAUCAGAGAUGACCCACCUAGACUUGUCCCACAACAGCCUGAUGUCGCUGGAGGGACUGCACACCCGGCUUGGCAACAUCACCACAUUGGGGCUGGCUGCCAACAAUCUCAGCAGUCUCAGGGGACUGGGUAAACUCUACUCCCUGGUCCACCUGGAUGUCAGCAAGAACUCUAUUGAGCAUGUGGUAGAGGUGAACCACAUCAGCAACCUGCCCUGCAUCGAGUCCCUGAAUCUCAAGGACAACCCCGUCACCGGCGUCAUGGACUACCGGACCAAGAUCCUGAGUCUCUUCCAAGAGCAGUACGCCGAGCUGAGGCUGGACGGUCAGCGCUCCAGCCAGAAGGAGAUGGACAAAGUGGCCAUCAUGAAGGCCAUCCAGAAGGCCAAAGACUCCAAGGUCAAGAAGCCCACAGGGAAAAACUCCCCGAGUCGCAAGCCGAAGCGCGCCAUGCAAGUGAAACAAGCCACCAUCGCUGACCCAGCUGAUGUGAAACCUUCUCUUCUUUCUGUGGCCGCUGCAUCAGCUUCCUCAUCAGUGAUAAGCAGCCAAUCCAGCCUACCACAGCACGACGAUAUAUCAGCCUCCAGCUCCGACGAUGCUGAGUACAGGGCCAGGGUGGAGGAGAUCAGAAGAGAGGGAGGCGAGGCCUGGCUGACUCUCCUGAACGAGAUGCGAGAAUCUCCCAAUGCCGGAUCCCCAACCCUAAAAGCCAAGGGAGGCCAUUCCCCAAAGACUGGGAGGUCCCCUAAGGCUAAGCGCAAAGAGCUCCAAGAAAUCAGGAAGCCUAGAUCCAGAAGCAGGUCUCCAGCCCCACCAGAAAUACAGCAACCACCAGCCUCCCCGACCCUCAAGAUCAGCCCGAAAGGCCUCCUACACUGCAUCUUCGACGAGCUGGCUCGCCAUCGGAUGGAAUGCCCCACGUCCAUCCCUGAGCUCAUCUUCAACCUCCACAUCUACUUCCAGGGCCCCGUGCUCAGCACCUACGGCCCGAGGCACCGGCGGCAGAACCUACCCGAGCCGGACACCCAGGGGCCCUCGGUUGCAGACUACCUCUUGGAGCACGUGACCGCAGAGCAUCGGGCGGAGUUUGUGGAGCUUCUUCAGGGGCUGACCCAGGGGAAGGUCCACCUGCCCAGCCACAUCUUCCCCAAGCAGGAAGACGCAGCAGAAGUCUUGACCUGUGUGCUGAGAAUUCUUGGUCUUGAGCAGCAGACUGAAGUUCCAAUAAAUAAUGAGCCUGUGGAACCCAUGGUUGAUGAGAUGACGAAAUUAACUGUGAACUAUGAUGAAAGCCCAGAGAUGGACCAAACUGACUUAGGAGUAGACUCUUCAAUUGAUAUCUCAGUUGGGAAUCCGAGAGCAUCGCCGGCCAUCGUCAUCUCAGAACAUCCAAGUCCUGCUGUCGUCAAGAAGCGUGUGCAGUCUGCCCCACCCCGCAUCAUCCCAACCUAUGAUGAGGCGACUCUGGAGAACCUCGCCGAUUGCAAUAAGCAGGUUGGACUUCAGUUGACCGAGCCCAUGCAGGCCAUCGCCAACAUGCAACCCUCGGACCUGAUCAAGUUUUUCCACGAGAGCAUCGCAGAGAUCGGCUCGGAGCCGGAGAGACUGACCCACAUGAUGUGGGCGGGGGCGAUCGCAUUCCAGAAUCCCUCCGUGGAGAUCACAGCCUGCGUGAUGCUGAGCGACCGCGCUGUCUACAUCCUCUCUGCUGAUGCGUCAUCGUCGCAGAUACUAAGCCCGCCCGUGGAGGUCCGGGGCCACAGACGCAUGAAGAGCGACUCGUCCGUCAAAGACAAACUCCGGGCAGACUCUAAAAGCGUAGACCUGCCCGACACAGCAGGCUUCAAUGGCGGUCGCAUCCUCAAGCAGCCUCACGCCAGCGGGGUACUCCUGAUAUCCACAGAGGACAGAGACAGGAAGAGAGUGCGAUGCCAACACGUCCUGAAUCUGACGGACAUCGUGGAGGUGGACGUGGGGUUGUUUGACCAGAAACUGCGGCUGACGGCCGAGACAGCGGGGGACACCGUCUCCCUGUUGACAAGAAACUUUCAAAUGACUCUCAGCUUCCUAGAGUGGCUCAUGCAGGUUCUUCCGAUCACAAGCAGUCGUAGCAAAUCGCCGGACCGUAGCCCCAAUGCCAUGGAUCCUUACAAGCUGCACCGGGCCUUCACCGAGGAGUUCCUGCACCCGAGCUCGGUCAAGUUCUCCUAUCCCAACGAUGAGACAAUUAACGACCUGACCUACCUGAUUGUUGACUUCAUCAAUGACAAAAGCAUGACCAACAUGGACAACACCAGCAUUCUGCUGUACAUGCUGGUCCAUCAGGUCCACAGCUCGCCACUCCAGGGCAGCCCCGUCACCGUCCAGGAGCCCUUGGCAGAGUGCGAGCGAUCCCACCGCACCCUGGUAGUCACCAACAAGCACCUGAGCCUGUGCCGUGAAGACCACGUCAGCUACCCUCUGCCAGGCUUCAUGAAAUCCUUGCCGGACCACCAGCAGUACGAGCUCCUGGAGGUCCAGGAAAUCAAGAAUCUCCGCCGGCUAGUGGUCAGCGACUUCUCCUCCCGCGACGUGACCUUGGUCUUUGAGGUCAUGGACGUGGUGGUGGACAUCGACAUGGACUAUUACGGCAGCAAGGAAAGUGGGGAGGACGUCCGGCCAGCCAUGCCGGAGGUGGCCUGGACGCUGGUCUUGCCCUCGAUGGACGAUCGGGAGCGGUUGAGGAAGCAACUCUGCCAUACGUGGUUGGAUAUUCACGGCCAGGAAUUAUCCAUCCAGGUCAAUACGUGAAGGUAUUAGAAUAAGUGUAGGAAAGGCUUUAGAAGAUGUACAUUAUCCAAAAGAAUGCUGAGAAAUACUGGUCUAUGAUGGAAACGCCUGUACAGGGUGAGUUUACAAAAAUGUCCCUUUGGAUACGUUCUUGUCUCCCACAUCAACGGGAAAGGUUACCAAAUGUUUCUCUUCGGCCAACAUUCGGUCUGGGUAUUGACCACAGUCUGUAAAAGUUUCACUGAUAUUCAGCUGUGCAUGAAUAGGAUACAGGCCUUUCUUUGUGACUACCCAAAAACACUACCAACACAAUGUUUCCUAAUAUUUUUCAGGGGAUAUUGAACGUUAUUUAAUGGCCAGUACACUGCAAGACAGAACGUAAAUAAAUAUACCAACAUUUCAAAGCAGCCAUGACAAGGCCACAGUUUACUGCUGUCCAAAGGGCUUUGAUGGUCAGAAAGUUUUAUUAAAUACAAUGUAAGUAGGGCACAAGACACGACAGGUCACUUUGGAGAACACCCUCCAGAGGUACAGCAGCCUAACGCUCGGACAGUGCCCAGAAACGUAAAAUACAGACAAAAUGAAACAAACAAGAACCUGAACAGGACAUUGAAAAUGUGAACCUUAUCUAUCAAUUCAGUUUCAAGUUCAAUAAAUGUAAUUCCAUUUGAUUGAUGUCCUGUUCUGUUAUUCCAUAUAUUAUCCUGGCGUCACCGGUUUUCGAUCGGAUAACGGGAAAACUUCUCGAAAACGAAAACUAAAUGGAAUUACAAAAAAUCGACACACUAACCAUUCAACUGGAUACUCCCAAUUUAUAAACUGUUGAAAUCAUCGAAGUUGAAGUCCUUUUUUCCGAAAUAUCGUCCGCGAUUUUCAGCGAUAACAUGUCCGCCAUUCGGCCGGAGCGUCACCAGUUUUCGGUACAGCGGCUGUGCGGCUUGUUCAUCAACAUCGGGGAUGCUAUGGCGCGCGAAAUCACUCAAAAAUGAUAAAA